AUGGAGUCUCAGAGUCUUGACAGAGCGUCUCACUACCUGAACAACCUUCUCCUCGCCCGUGGCCUUCUUGCAACUGGGAAGCCGAUCGAUUUUGCAAGACCCGACUCCAAUGGCGGAGGGACGGAUGCGACCAUGUCCCGAAUCAUCAACCUUGUCCAUGACCUAGUUCUCCGACGUGACCGAGAUGCCGAACAAAGGGAAACACUUGCAAUCAACAUUCGAGCCACUCGCGCCGACGAAGCACAGAGGGUGCUUGAUCUCCAGAGAUUGCAGGACAAGAACGUGGAGCUGGCGCGAAUCGCAGCUUCCGCGGAAUCUCAAGAGCGCGCCUUGAAGGCGGCGGUGCGGAAGGCAGAAGUACAUGCAAAGGAACUCAAGGAGCAGAUGUUGAGAAUAAAAUCGACACUGGAUCAGGUGCGAGCGAGAUGCCUGAGCGAUGUGCGGAAACGGGAUGCCGAGCUCGAUAAGUUGAAAGCGCACCUGACGGCAUUACAACGGGGAAAGAAGGAAUCGACCGGGAUGAAGAUCAAUGCGAUAAAUUGGGAGCCGGAGACCAGGGAACGGGAGAAGCGAACGGGACACGACAUCAACAGCACCGAGUGGAGCUUGGAGAAGGAGACGAAUGAUUUCCUUGCAGUGGUGCUAAAUGAGACCAGCACAGAGAAUGUAUCGCUGCGACAAAUUAUCGCGGACACUAUGGAGAUACUUUCAGAUCUUACAGGUCUCUCCGCAGCAGCUGAUGACCAAGAUCACGGCGAGAUGGGUGACGUGUCAAUCAUACAUGGCCAAUCUCGCAAGUUCGGACGUGAAGCGAGUCGGCCGACAGAGAAACUAACAUCAAGCGUGGAGCUAGCUGAUCAGAUGCGUACAAUUCUGGAGCAUUGCCGGUCUAUUCUCAAAGACCCGUCUUUUGUCCCGAUUGAGGAAGUGCAUGAACGCGACGAGGAAAUCUUGAAAUUACGGGCUGGCUGGGAAAAAAUGGCGUCCAAGUGGAGAGAAGCAGUGACAAUGAUGGAUAGCUGGCGAACGCGUACGGGAGACAUGGGUGAGGGCUUACCAUCUCACGAGUUUUCAGGGCUGGCUUUCGGCAAAAGCAUCGCGAUGCUUCCGAAUGGUCGACCUAUUUUUGGAGCCGAGGAAGAACUGCCAUCCAUCCUGUACGAGGACAGCAAUAUGGGAGACGCCGGGUUUCAAGGGGCAGAUACCGAUGCAAUACGGCAUACGCCCCAGCAACCUCAUUCCAAUGUAGAGGAUCACCAUGAGUCAGAUUUUGAUAUCCCACCCGAACCUACAGCGAAUCGGUUUGGCUCCAGCCCUCGACGAGUAGGCUUGAACAUUGGUAAACCAAUCCGACCUCUACAGGCGAUCGAAAACAAUGUUGGUGCGUCACCCAAGCGGAACAAGGACAACAAGAGUUUUACGAAGCAUUCUCUUCAGGCCGGAAAAGGCACAUCGGUCUACCAUCUCGAAACAGAGAACGAUAUUUUGCCAUUAGAGGCAGACUUCCAAAUACCGCCACAGUCUUACAGCAAGUCCAACUCGCCGCAAGAUGGGAAUGACCAAGGACAGACUCAGAGGGCGGGCGCGCCCUCGUUGACCGUAGCAGAAAAGCUGGCCGCCGUCGAGGCCGAGGCAAAUGAAGCACGAAAUCUAUCACCACAACAACUGAGGAAACGGAAGCAAGUGGGUUCGCAAAGAACGAAGAAGGGUUCGAGGAGGAGGAGUACGCUAAGUCCGGAAGAACUUGCUGCCUUGAUAGGUAUUGAAUAG